AAGGAGAGAAGGAGAAGAGGAGAGGAGGAGGAGCAGCCGUGACUGGGAGAGCUCCUGCAGACGUUCUACACAAAACGGUCCUGUGGACUGGAAGACAACAUGGCCUCCAGCUCUCCGCCCGGGAACCCCCCCAGUGGCCUCACCAACAGGAGCGGGAGCUUCUUUAAGCUGAUUGAUACAUUUGCGUUGGAGAUUGGGGAGCUGAAGAGAGAGAUGGUCCUGACCUCUCCAACAGUCAAUAAAGAGCCCAUGGAUCGAGGAGGGCUGGAGAGAGAGGUGAGCGGUGUUUACCUGCAGUCCCCCCACUGUGGUGGAGGGGGUGAGAGGGAUUCUGGAUACGACUCGUUGCGGAGGAGGAUGAGCGUGUUGGACCGGCUGAAUCGAACCCAUCCGGUGUGGCUGCUGCUGGCUGUCAGUGAAGAGGAGGCCCGUCGUAUUCUGCUCAAACAGCCUCCUGGGGUGUUCCUGGUCAGGAAGUCAGCCGCUCUGCAGAGAAAGGUUCUGUCUGUGCGCCUGAAGGAGGAUCCGCCAGGAACUCCCAUCAGCCACUUCCCUGUCAGAGAGAGCCAGUACACCUUUUCUCUCGAGGAAUCUGGGAUCAGCUUUGCAGAUCUGUUUCGCCUGGUGGCCUUCUACUGUAUAAGCAGGGAUGUCCUGCCUUUCACACUCCAACUCCCAGAGGCCAUUGCAUCGGCUAAGACUCAGAAAGAACUGGAGGAGGUGGCUCAGCUGGGAGCAGGCUUCUGGGACUCUGCCCUGUGCAGUGAGCGCCGCCCUUCCCCCCGUCCUCGUCGCCCUCGUCGCCGUACCCUCAGCCCCCAGCGGACUAACAGGAACAGGGAGGUCGAGGGGUCCCGGCUGAGACUCACCGGGUCUCACUGCGACAGUGCACCACCUACCCUGCAGUCCCACGCUCCUCCACCUUCCUUUCAUCUUGAGAGAAGACAUUCCAGUGGUCCUCUGUGCUUUGUCAACCCUCUGUUUCUCCAGACUAAUCGCCACCACCACCACCGCCGUGGGGACCAUCCACCUUCACAUGCUGUCAGGUCCGAUAACAAACUAGAGAAUGUGGAGAAAUCGUCCGUGAAGCAGCUCAGCAGCAGCCAAGGUAGCGAGCAGCACGUGGACAAGUUCAAACUGAACAGCAAAUCGCGGUCACCUCCCCGCCCUCCCCCACCAAGCUUGAUGCCGCGCCGGCGCCCUGCUCCACCACCACCUGGACCUCCAGCAGCUACCACCAGACCCAAGAGCAUGCCAGAGGCCGUUGCCGUGUCUAAAAGACAGCAACCGUCCCUCAGCAGGCGCCCGGCUCCCGCUCGACCAUCGAUGGGUGCCAAGCAUAGCAGCCCGUCCAAAACGGCCAGCUCACCAGUCCCUGUCCCCACAAACCCACCACCUCCAAGGCCAAAGAAGCCUGAUCUGGAAGCUCACCGCUGCCACAUUGCCCUGGAUGAUGAGACCAUUGCCAAGGCUCUGUCCCGGGCCAAGCUUCCACCCUGCCAGCCUCCACCUGCUGUCCCUGCUGAUGUACUACUGGAGAAGGACGCUGGGAGUCCGUCCACUCCUAAGACCAGGGGACGCCAGCGGCUCAGUGACAUGAGCAUGUCCACUUCCUCCUCUGACUCACUGGAAUAUUCACAGUCUCCUGGAUUCUCCCUGGGACUGGCCCCUAGUCCAUCCCGACACCUUACUCAUCAAGAGCCAGUGGAGGACAGCAGUGAAGAUGAUGAGGACGGGGUAGCAGACGAGGAUGAAGACUAUGGUGUCGGUCUGGAAACAGACCUAGAAAUGCGCCUCCGUCCGUCCUUCAAAGCACGGCGGCGAAGGGUUGGAGUUAGUCUGAGCGGUGGCUCCUUCAUCCUCCCCAGGGCCCUGAAGGGACGCUUCCUUAAGGUGAGCGGCAUGCUCAGCUCCCUCAUGACCCCCGAGAGACGGGCGGUGAAAAGGAUCGCUGAGCUGUCCAGGGACAAAAGCUCAUAUUUUGGCUCCCUGGUCCAGGACUACAUCAGCUUUGUUCAGGAGAACCGAGGCUGUCACACCUCAGGGAUGGAUUUUCUGCAGACUCUCAGGCAGUUUAUGACACAGAUGAAGGCUUACCUGCGCCAGAGCUCCGAACUGGACCCCCCUAUAGAGUCACUCAUACCUGAAGACCAGAUCGACCAGGUGCUAGAGAAGGCCAUGCACAAGUGUGUCCUAAAGCCUCUGAGGAGUGUGAUCGAGAUGGCUUUGCAUGACUUCCAGGUGAGCAGCGGUGCUUUGCAGCAGCUGAGGGAGAACCUGGCCCUGGCUAAGACCAAGAGGCCGCAGGAGUUAGGGGUGGACGGAGCUGUGCCUCCAGACCCCGAGGCCAUCGAGAAGAUCCGCCACAAGUUCCUAAACAUGAGGAAGAUGUACUCACCCGAGAAAAAGGUGUCAUUGCUGCUGCGUGUGUGUAAACUCAUCUACACCAUCAUGCAGGAUAACUCAGGGAGGAUGUUCGGCGCCGAUGACUUCCUGCCCAUGCUGACUUAUGUGGUGGCUCAGUGUGACAUGCCUCAGCUGGACACAGAGAUCCAGUACAUGAUGGAGCUGCUGGAUCCGUCUCUGCUGCAAGGAGAGGGGGGCUACUACCUGACCAGUGCAUACGGAGCCAUGGCCCUCAUCAAGAACUUCCAGGAGGAGCAGGCAGCGCGGGUGCUGAGCUCUGAGGCCAGGAACACUCUGCACCAGUGGCACAGACGGCGUACCACCCCACGUUCAGCGCCGUCUGUCGACGACUUUCAGAACUAUCUCCGUGUAGCCCUGCAGGAAGUGGACACAGGCUGCACUGCCAAAACCCUGAUCAUCCAGCCGUACACAACCACAGAGGAGGUGUGCUCACUGUGCGCCUACAAGUUCAAGAUCCCGGACCCUGACACCUUCGCACUGUUUCUGGUCACCAAGGACACCAGCCAGCAGCUAGCCCCGGACACACACCCUCAACGGAUCAAAGCCGAGCUCCACGGCCGGCCCCUAGCCCAGAUCUUCCACUUUGUCUACAGGAGGGUACCUGACCUCAACCUCUGUGUCCCGGCCAUCAUGCACAACGGAAACUGCCUUCAAGUGGAAUAGAGCAGGAGAAUGUCACAGCAUGCUGAGCUUGAUCCUAAACAAUAGUUAUGUUUUGUGCUUGUAGAUUUUGUAGAUAGUUGUGAGGAUGUCUGAAUGGAAACGGAAGCGUUAUAUUGGCAUAUUGGUGCAGAUAUAUAAUUUCAAAUAUGAUGCCAUGCAAAUAAGGUGAUUUAUUUUAUGAGGAAGCACCAAGGAUAGGAUCAAAAAGAUUGUAAAGUAGGUUAGGUGGUAUCAGAUGGUGUAUCGAGGCUGGUUUGAAGGAUUUUGAGUAUGUGAAAGAUUAUAAUGGAGGUGAAAAGUUUCUUGGACAUGUAUGUUAUCUUUAAAGCUGAGGUCAUACAGUUUCGUAUUGCAUUUUUUGUAACCAACGUUUGCCUUAACUGCUGUUGUCCUGGGUGCCUUUAAAAGGAAUUGAACAUACUACAGUAUGUUUUUACUCAAAGUUUCAGAUAUCAUCCAGGGAUCAGUCAGCUUUCAUCAAAAUGACUGAUACAAACUUUAUGCUAAAACGUGAUUUAACAAGUCAAAUUAACUAUUAUUAAAGUUAUUGUUUUUUAUUGCUCUUAUCUUUAUUUUCUGCAAUUGCUGGUCAAUUGUAGUUUGUAAGUCUGUGUAGAAAUAUUUUUAUAAUCUAAUUUUCCAUCACUGAAGAUUUGUAUUCUGAUGUAAGUUUCUGUACAGGACUUAUGGAGUUAUUUCUAUUAAGUAAUUUGUUAUGGAGAGCUCAAAGCUGACUGGAAGUAUAUACAAUCCUCUCCAAACAACAUAUUAUAUGUUCAGGACAUUUAACAGCACAGGAAGCAGAGGAUUUGAGUGGAUCUCUAAGAUGUAAUCCACAUACAACACUUACUUUAUAAAGUCACACAUAUUUCCAUCCACAAACAUACAAUAGAAAUGAUUUGCAGAGCCUACUACAGGGGUUUAAAGAGAAGGUUGUAAUGUAGGGGAAUAUUUGUGGAACAUCUUUGUGGUUUGCUGUAUAAAGUCAAAUGAACCAUUUGUCAUUGUGUGUUUUUCUUCGAGAUAUUCUUCUGUACAGAAAUGCAGAAGAACAAAACUUAAACUUCUCCUGAUAAAGCCCUGAGAGGGAAGUCAGAAAAAAAAGAUUGGUGAUUCAUCUUCC